UUGUUCUUAUUUUAUCAAUCCAACUCAAUAUAAUGGUCUUCCAUAUGGCCGUUCUUACACUGGAGCAUUUGUAUCAAAUAUUAGCUUGACUUCUGAGACAGUUCCCUUUGAUAAUAAUACAAAAUACAAAUGUGAUUUAGAAUAUGAUAUAUAUAAAAUUUUUCAAAAUUCACAAAAUACACCAACCCCAUUUGAAGAAUUAAUUGCUUACAAAAAUCAAUAUUAUUUAUCGAAGCCUAAUAAUGAUGGAUUUAUUUAUUAUUGGAGAUUUUAUAGAGUUAUAAGACAACCCAUAAGUUCGUCAUUUUUAGGUUAUAUUGGUUAUUCAUUGCACACCGAUUAUGGGAAUCGACCUUAUAUUGAAUCAGAUAUGCAGGCUGUACCAUUUCCGGAUACUAUUUUCCAGCGUUUGAAUGGAACUUAUUAUGUAGGGAUACAGUUUACGAUAGAUAAUCAUAUUUUUAUAAGGAAAGAAAUAGAACAAAGGAAAUGGCACAAUUUAUCCAUGGGUUUUGUGCAAAGGUCAAGGCUGUUUAGAGAAAAAUAUAAAGAAAAAUUCUCACCAUUAGCCGUAGAUUUACAAUCUGAUGAUCCUGAUAUCGACGACACAAUUAAAACCAAAGAAUAUGAGAUUUCCUCAAUUCAAAAACAACUUGAUAAUUUCGAAAAAAGGCUUAAAUUCUAUGAAAAUAUUAUCGAUAACUCAAUAUUAACUUUUAAUAAGACAGAUGCAUCUCCUACUACUGGCAGCAUUAUGUCUCCCUGA